AUGCUCUACCACCAGCGGCACGAGGGGCGAUUUGUGAUAUCGAUGUCGGUGGAGCCGCACCAAUUGCGCAAAGAUUCCGUCCGGUCGCACCCAAAUAUCGGGAGAAGCUGUCAGAUCUCAUCAAAAGGACUGUUGGCAGACAAGAUCGUUCAGCCAUCCACGUCAACUUGGGCGUCUCCGAUAGUGGUGAUCAUCAAGAAGAACGGAUUGGACAUUCGCCUUUGCAUUGAUUAUCGAAGAGUGAACCAGCUGACGCGACUGAUGGUUUAUCCCAUGCCGUUGAUCAGCGAUCUGCUGGAAGAUCUGGAUAAAGCUCUAUGGUACUGUUCGCUAGACAUGGCUAGUGGAUUCUGGGUCGUCGAAAUGAACGGUCAACGGAGUCGGAUCGAAUCCACUCAAUGA